CGCAGUGGCAUCCGUUGUAAGUGCUAUGACAACCGGGCGAAGAUGGCUCAGAGUUAGGCUGGAGAGGGGAGGUGUCCCUUCCGCUGCGGCCGUCGGGUUUCUGCUGCAUCCCACUCACCGCCUCCUCCAUCCUUUCCUCCUCUGUGUGAGCAGAAGGACUUGCAGUUGUUCUUGUCUGCCUAGAGUCUUCCAAGGGAUAGAUGCCGUUUCCUCUGCUGCUCUCUGGGGGUGACGGGGGGCGCAGGGGAGCUUUUUGGGGGAAUUGCUCCAACUCUGUGGAGCUAGUGGUGCUGCCUGGUGGAGCUUUCUCUUUGCCCGGGACGUGGAACAAGUUCGAACGCGAGAACGAGAGGGAAUAGUAAAGCUAAAGGUUGCUUUCCCUGCACCCUCUCUUCUUGCUCCCUCUGCUCCGUCACUGGGACCUUGUCAGGCGUUCAUAAAGGGAAAUUUUCGGAACUAAGGUUCACAGAAAGGUGGGGCAGAGCUCAUCUUACGUGGCAUCAGAGUGAAAGAAAAUGUCUUUAUUUAAAGCCCGUGAUUGGUGGUCUACUAUUCUAGGAGAAAAAGAAGAAUUUGAUCAAGGCUGUUUGUGUUUGGCUAAUGUUGACAAUAGUGGAAAUGGACAAGAUAAAAUAAUUGUAGGUAGCUAUAUGGGAUACCUAAGGAUCUUUAGCCCCCAUCCUACAAAAACAGGAGAUGGAGCUCAAGCUGAAGAUUUGCUUCUAGAAGUGGAUCUACGAGAUCCAGUACUUCAAGUGGAAGUAGGAAAGUUUGUUUCAGGUACUGAAAUGCUGCAUUUGGCUGUGUUGCAUUCUAGAAAACUUUGUGUCUACUCUAUCUCAGGAACCUUGGGUAAUGUGGAACAUGGGAAUCAGUAUCAGAUGAAAUUGAUAUAUGAACAUAAUCUUCAGAGAACAGCCUGCAAUAUGACCUAUGGAUCAUUUGGUGGUGUAAAAGGUCGAGAUUUAAUUUGUAUCCAGUCUAUAGAUGGGAUGUUGAUGGUAUUUGAGCAGGAGAGCUAUGCUUUUGGAAGAUUUCUCCCUGGCUUUCUUCUGCCUGGCCCUCUUGCCUACAGUUCUCGUACAGAUUCCUUCAUUACAGUCUCUUCCUGCCGACAAGUGGAAAGUUAUAAGUACCAAGUACUUGCUUUUGCAACAGAUGCAGAUAAAAGGCAGGAGACUGAACAGCAAAAACUUGGUUCUGGAAAAAGACUAGUUGUGGAUUGGACUCUAAAUAUUGGAGAGCAAGCCCUUGAUAUAUGUAUUGUCUCUUUCAAUCAGUCAGCAUCUUCUGUUUUUGUUCUUGGUGAGAGAAACUUUUUUUGUCUUAAGGAUAAUGGACAAAUUCGAUUCAUGAAGAAGCUUGAUUGGAGCCCAAGUUGUUUUCUGCCAUAUUGCUCAGUCUCUGAAGGGACAAUAAAUACUUUGAUUGGAAACCAUAAUAACAUGUUGCAUAUUUUUCAAGAUGUGACACUGAAGUGGGCCACCCAACUUCCCCACAUUCCUGUAGCAGUAAGAGUGGGCUGUUUGCAUGAUUUAAAGGGAGUGAUAGUCACUCUGAGUGAUGAUGGUCACUUGCAGUGUUCAUACCUGGGGACAGAUCCUUCUCUGUUCCAAGCUCCAAACGUUGAAUCUCGAGAACUAAACUAUGAUGAACUUGAUGUAGAAAUGAAAGAACUGCAGAAAAUCAUCAAAGAUGUUAACAAAUCACAAGGUGUUUGGCCCAUGACUGAGAGAGAAGAUGACUUGAACGUUUCUGUUGUGGUUUCUUCUAACUUUGAUUCAGUUUCUCAAGCAACUGAUGUUGAGGUGGGAACUGACCUUGUCCCUUCUGUCACAGUGAAGGUCACACUACAGAAUAGAGUCGUAUUGCAAAAAGUCAAAUUAUCAGUCUGCGUACAACCGCCAUUAGAAUUGACUUGUGAUCAGUUCACCUUUGAAUUUAUGACACCAGAUUUGACUAAAACAGUAAGCUUUUCUGUUUAUCUGAAAAGAAGCUAUACACCAUCUGAAUUGGAAGGAAAUGCUGUUGUUUCUUAUUCCAGACCAACAGAUCGAAAUCCUGAUGGUAUUCCUCGAGUUAUCCAAUGUAAAUUUAGACUUCCCCUAAAGUUAAUUUGCCUACCAGGUCAGCCUUCAAAAACUGCAAGCCACAAAAUUACUAUUGAUACCAACAAAUCUCCAGUCAGUCUUCUUAGUCUCUUCCCAGGCUUUGCCAGUCAGUCAGAUGAUGAUCAGGUGAAUGUAAUGGGUUUUCACUUCUUAGGAGGUUCCCGAGUUACUCUUCUUGCUUCCAAAACUUCUCAACGAUAUCGCAUUCAGAGUGAACAAUUUGAAGAUCUUUGGCUCAUAACCAGUGAGCUUAUCCUUCGCCUUCAAGAAUAUUUCGAAAAACAGGGAGUCAAAGAUUUUGCAUGUUCUUUUUCUGGAUCUAUGCCCCUUCAAGAAUAUUUUGAGUUGAUUGAUGAUCAUUUUGAGCUACGGAUAAAUGGUGAAAAAUUAGAAGAACUCUUAUCUGAGAGAGCUGUGCAAUUUCGGGCCAUUCAACGCCGACUCUUAACAAGAUUCAAAGAUAAAACCCCUGCCCCUCUUCAACACCUAGACACCUUGUUAGAUGGAACCUAUAAGCAGGUGCUCAGUACAUAUUUGUUGAACUCUCUGGUCCUGUCCCAAGGGCAAUUGGCAUUUCUUCAGGGAGUUUCUGAAGGUGUGCCUUCUGUUUUUGCCAGUAAUUUCCCUGGGACCAGGAAAUUAUUUUGCUAAUGAGAUAUGCACUUUACAACUUGCAUGCCUAUGCUUAUAAUUCCUGUUCCUGGAGUUCAGCAGUCAUUGCAGGUGCUCCUUUGCUUUGACUGUGUUUUAACUAUCAAGUUGUUUUGGGACUCCCAGUUUUGUCACAAUGGAAUUUUUUUUAGAUCCAUUUAUGCUUAAAAAGCAAUUAUCAUCUUGGAACAAGAAUAGGUCCCAUCAUCUUUCUGGUGUUAAGUUGCAAACAUUUGAAAGUUUAUGCUUUAUAUCACUUGAGGUAAAUUACUUGCUACAUCCGAGUUAGAUAUAUAGUUCUUUUUAAAGCAUAUUUUUCAUGAGCCUGAAUCAUAGGACUAGAAAUGACAUUAUAAAAUAGUUCAUCUUUUCAAAUUUUGGUUUCUAGCUUGAUAGCAUUCUUCCUUGAGUUAGGCUUUUAUUCUUAAAAUAAAAAUGAUUUUACAUAAAAUUCUGAAAGCUGUUGACUACAAUGUUUGAUAUAGUUAGUAGGGAAUGUUAUGGAAUAAUUGGACACUCAGGACCUAGAAAAAGAGUCAAGUCAUUUUUUACUAUGAGUAAAUUUUUCUGGUCUCCUCAUAGUUAAUACUGGAUAAUAAGUUAAAUGGCAGGUUUGAUAGCCUUCAAUCAAGUACUGACUCAGAUAAAAUACAGUUUCAAUAGUAAAGGUGUGGCGAACCAGGCGUGCCUACAACUCUUGGUAUCAAAAAAUCCUGGCAGUCUCACACCUACUGUCGUCUGUUUUAACUAUCAAUUUUAUCUAGGUGGAGAAUCCACUGGGACCAUGAAUGAUAAUUUAAUUAAUGAUUUCUUUAUUAAGACUUAGGCUGAGUUUAAUUUUUUCUUUUGACUAUUCUUUUUUAAAUAAAGAUUCUUUUCUUAAGAUAGUUUUCUACAAUGGUAAUUACAAAGUCAAAGAACAGUAGCAUUUUAAGGCCUAAACUACAGGAUUACUACUAAUUUUAUGAGUUGAUGCAGCAUAGAAAAUGUGUGGGUGAUUCUUUAAGUAGUCCCUGACACUGUCUUCAUUUACUAGUGUACAUCAGUAUGACUGUUUUCAGAUUCAGUUCUAUUUUAGUACAUUAUGGGCUAAAAGAAUCUUUGGGGUGAGUUUUUGAAAUAAACACAGUUUACAGCAUUGUCUCACUGGGGAAAUUCCUUCUAUGGGCUUGAAUACAAUAAACAUACUUUUGGAAUGUUAUAAAUCAUUUAAGUUGGAUACUUCCUCUUUUUAUAAUUUCAUAUUCCUAGAUUUGGGACAUUGCAACUGACCUUAGUCAUGUAGUCCAACCUUCUACUGGGCAUAAAAACUCUGUCAUUCAAUGCAAUCUAAGAUUACAUUAGCAAAUAAUUUUCAUCUCCUAUUAUGAUUUUGAACAAUUUGUAAUGACUGCCAAAAAUGUUGAGUUGAGAGAGACUCUUAGGUUUAUCCAGGCUCCAAGACAAAGGUUGCCAUAACUGUUUAGCAGAGUCUGUUAAGAUCAUGGGAAUUCACAAUGUUUUAGUAUAUGCCUGACUAUAAGAAAGGAGAUUUUCUAGCUAAUCAGAGUGAGUUUUCACGGUCAACUUUUGGUUAACAUAAGUCUUAGUACCAUUUUCUCUUUCAAAUGGCCAGUCUUUCAUUCAGCCAAGUUCAUUGGGAACUUCACCAAAAGAUGAAAAAACAGAAAAUAGAUCAGGUAAAGAGGAGAGAGAGAAAGAAUAAAGGUUUCUAAUGACUUGCUACAUCCACUUUCUAAGUUUGGGCACUUUUAUUUUUGCCAAGGGUUAAACCUAGGUGAUUGAGACUAUAUUCUGGUCCAAUGUGCAGCCACUAGGUCCUAGGUUCUUUGAGGAUAGGGGCCAUGUCCAUCUUGUUCACUUUACCAAGCACAAUGCCUUGCAUACAGAAUGCCUAGCGUAGCCUAGGCGUCUCGAUAAGUUUAUAGAGUGAAUUACUACAGCCCUUGGCAUCUUUGGAGGAAAUUUAAAAUGAGCUCUCAGUGCUCUUGAAAGUAGCAUUGUGUUGGUUCGUCUGGCUUUGUAAAUUUUUGAUUACAAAUGUGUGUUAAUGGACAGUUUUAUCUUCUGUAAAGGAGUAAAAAUGAAAAGGUUGAUCAUUAGAUAAAUUUUUGAUUACAAAUGUGUGUUAAUGGACAAAUCCAUGUAUUCACUUGUUGCUGGUUGUGGUUGUGAUAGUGCCUUUGAGAUUUGCAGUGUGCCAUUUCUGUGGAAGGGCUGCUUUUGGUCAGAGGAAGACUGAUGAUGUAUUUUAACCCCUGAUGACUAGGAACAAAAACUGACCAUGCAAAAACCCUCUCCCUUGGGAGACUGAGUGUGUGGCCAGUGUUUGGCAGGGUGACUUCUUGCAGUGGAAUUCUGAAGCUCAGACUUGUGUUCUCUUUCUUUUUUGCCAACCUUUGGGGCUAGGUCAUGAAGGGUCUUUUCACAGUGGAAACCAUUUUCGCUCAAUUAAUUGGAUGAAAACAAAGGCUGCCCCAUGCCCUGUGGUUAUUGCUUUACAAGCUAGAGGCUCAGAUUGAAUUGCAGGCUCCCUAGGUUGUUGGAGACAGGAAUGCUGUGGUGGCUCCACCCCCAUGGAGAGCGCUGGGUUUGAAAGCAUCGUGUAGCCACCUUUCUGGUUGACUUAAUAGGGCAGAAGGUAACUGCAAGAGAAGUCUUUUCCAGUCUUGCAAACUGUUGAGAAGACAUUAUGGGAAUAUGUUAACAAAACUCCUUAAAAGUUUUGUGAUCCAUUUCCUUUUUUUAAAAAAGAAACAACACACAAAACGUGCCAAUCAGAUGGCAGAACCCAGAGUCCUUCAUGUCACAAUGUGUCCAUUUACUACAGCAUUUAGUAGAUCAAUAAUACCUUUAGCUUGAAGUAGUUAACAAGCAUACCUUUCAGUGUUACUUUUAUUUUCUGCUCCCUGUAGCAGUUAGCAAAAUCCCAUUAUGCAAUUGGGUAGUAUUAAAUGUUAAAAAGUUAAUUUGUUCUGCAUUCCAUUAAAAUUGCUCUUUUUUUCAUGUGAAUUGGUCCUUACAUCUUGUUUAAAACCUAUAAUUUAAACUCAUACUAUAGUAAAGUCUUGAGUAACCUUUUGCCCUUGCUACCUUAAUUAUUCUUCAUCACACACAUUAUUUCAGGAUUCUGACAAUGGGUUAACUAUUUGCUAGUUAAUGAAAAUAUCUGUCAAUUAAGCAAUAUAUGGACUUAAGUUUUAAUUAAAAUUGUACAUCAAAAAUGAAAUAAAAUGUACUUUUUUUGAUGAAAAUAGAUUUAAAAAAUAUUGCUUUCUUUCUUUUUGAAAUAACCAUUCUUUGGUUGAGGCCAAAUGAUUGAUUAAGCUGUUGAUGGAAAUGGGGAGCUUGUUUCCAUUUUAAAGUAUUAAAACAUUUGCUUUUUAAAUGCAAUAGUUUUCUAAUUAAGUUCACUGUCACCUUAUAUAAAUAUGCUUAGAGAUUGUCUUAUGAUAAUAAAAUGUUGUGGAACCAGAUCUUAAUAGUGGUGUGGAAUCUUAUUUCUUGAUUCCAAAUGUGUUAGAUAACUUUUUUUUUGGUAUUUUUCAAACUUGUAGUGAAUAAAUAAUAAGUAGGAAAUGAAAUUUCCUGAAACUAAGCUAAAUAUUUUAAGAGCAUUUGGUGCUUUGUUUGGCCUAUUUUUGUUUGAUGAUCUGUAUACUUCAUUAAAAAUCAGGUUCAGAGAGAUUACUGAUAAUUGCAAACUUUAUUCUCAGCAGCAGAGAGUGUCUGGCAUAUGAAGCCCUUAAAAUUACCUUUAAGAUUUUUAGCCUAGAGAGUUAACAUCUUUAUGCCACAUAAAAACAAAACAAAAUAAAACAAAAAAACAAAACAAAGCAAAAAAACCAGGAACAACAACAAAAAUGACACACACACACAAAAAAACCCCAAAAAUAUUGGUUGGUGGGGGGCAGGUGGUGAAAGAAAGAUAUGAACAGAUUCUGAGAAUAAUGGAGUUUUGAAUUUGAAGAAGUCUUGGAAAUUAGGUUUAGUUACCUCAUUUCACAGGAGAAUAAAAAGAAGUCUUAAAUAUUCAAUGACCUGUCCAAGAUUCUGCACUAUUAAUAACUGAGAUGGGACAAGAACUGGGGCUUCUGAGAUGGUUUGUUGGUUUUGAAAGAGAUUCUGGGGUCAGAAAAUCUAUUUUUCAACCCUGACUACCUUUGUAACCUCUCGCAGAUGAUUGAAGUGCUCUGAACCUCAGUUUUAUCUUCUCUAAAAUGGGGCUAAUAUUCCGUUGGGUGAUUUCAUGAGAUAAUGGAUUUAGAGACCGAGCUUAGGUUCUGCCCUUUCCAAAUGUCUUAACGGUAUUGGCUCUCUUCCCUUUGCUAGGUCAGUGUCUUCUCCACAAUACACUGUUGUCUUGUAGCAGGUCAUUUAUGCAAAACAAGACCCUGGCUAUUUUGGCGGUGAGGUCUGGGUUUGCUGCCUGACCAGGACCAGACACAGGGGGACACUAGUAUGCACCUGGCUUAUGAUGAUACUGUUACCAGGUUUGCGCAGGAAUCCAUGCUGAAGCCUUUCGGCAGGUGCUUUUGUUCUGUGGCCUCGGGUCUCCUGCAUUUCCUCACUCUUGUUUGAUACCACAGCCGAAAAAUCCACAGAGACAGUGAUGAUGCUGAGGAACCCGCUGCCUUUUUUUUUUUUU